UCAACACUGUCAGUCGAGUGUCGAGCGAUUGUACAGUUCUCAAUCGAAAUACAUAAACUUAAAAAAAUCGUGAAAAGUUUGUGAAGACUCGCUUAGUAAAAUAUAUACUGAAUUGUAUAUUGGUGCUAUGCUGCACGGCGUUUUAUUGGAAGCUGUCUGGUCUGGAUUCGACUCGCCAUGCCGGGCGCAAAAUACGAACAGCUGUCGGUAAAACCCGAUACAGAAGAGGACGUGUUUACAAGUAAACCAAAAGGAAAAUGGUCCGAAAUUUGUGUACAAAAUAGCCUAUUGUCUCUUGGCUUGAUACUGCUGUAUUUCUCGCUGUCGAUUGGCUUAACUUUUUACCAGAGAUGGCUUCUGAAGGAAUUCCACUAUCCGCUGACGGUGGUUAUGUACCAUUUGAUAGUGAAGUGGUUGCUGUCAGUCAUUAUACGAAUUGUGCUUUGCUUGGUAACCGGUGUACCCCAACUACUCCUGUCCUUCCCCGUGUGCCUCAAGUCUGUCGGCCCGACGGGGCUGGCCAGCGGAAUCGACGUGGGCUUCUCAAACUGGGGCCUCGAACUAGUCACUAUAUCGCUGUACACAAUGACGAAGUCGACAACAAUCAUCUUCAUCUUAGGAUUCGCUAUCCUGCUCGGACUAGAGAAAAAAUCAUGGUCACUGGUAGGCAUCGUGCUGAUGAUCGCUACCGGGCUGGUCAUGUUCACGUACAAGGCGACACAGUUUAACCUCCUCGGGUUCAACUUCCUCCUCAUCGCGUCCUUCGCCGCUGGACUGCGGUGGACGUUCGCCCAGCUUCUCAUGCAGAAGUCCAGGCUGGGCCUCCACAACCCCGUGGACAUGGUCUUCCACGUCCAGCCCUGGAUGUUCCUCUCGUUGCUGCCCUUCACUAUUAUAUUUGAAGGGUUUGAAUGCUUCGAGCAUCUAAGGGAAUCUCCUCCUGAGGAAUUUCUCCCUACUGUGCUGAAGGUAUCGGUGGGAGCCACUAUCGCUUUCGCCAUGGAGAUCAGCGAGUUUCUAGUCGUCACAUACACGUCCAGUCUCACACUCUCAAUCGCAGGAAUAUUCAAGGAAAUGUGCAUACUAGUCCUAGCAGUAGAAGUAAGCGGGGACCAACUCAGUCCCGUCAACGUGGUGGGUCUUCCCCUCUGUCUCCUGGGGAUCAUGGGCCACAUCGUGCACAAGGUGUUGCUCAUCCGAUCCGUGGCCGGUUCGGUCACAGCGAUCGACUCAGAAGACUUUGAUUCCCUUGGACGCACCAGGGUCCACCACCACAAGUCCAAAAAAGAAGAACACCACGAACCUCUCCUAGAAGACCAAAAGUGGCAAAGCGAAGAAAGUGAUGUGGACACAAAUGUUGUUCUGUACGAAGUGUUGCAACGCAGGGACGGGAGGUAGGUUAAGCCAAGCGCAACCGAAGUGCACCACGACUCUCUGCAGACACGAACAUUCAUUCCUGAACAUGUGGACCUCUCCAGGGGUCUACGUGUCCAGGACCAUCUGAACUUCGUCUCUAACGUCAGCCGAUCUCUGUGAUUCUACCGUAAAGAGAGUGUUUAUGUAAUCUCACAGAGAUGUUAUUAAUGACACUUUUGCGACACAAUAUUGUAGUGAAAACAUGCGUCUAUAAUAACAUAUAGUUUAAAGGAACCUUGAUGUUAGAUGAUAAGAAGGCUGAGGCAUUUAAGGUAAUUAAAAACUGUGAAAGAGAAUACUACGGUUUGUCUGGAUGAUGUGAAUCAUAUACACGGCACAGAAGAGUGAUGUAACAUCUAUCAUGUCGCGAUUGGACACUGUUCUCGUUUAGACAGUAAGAACUUAAAAAUAAUGAAUGUUUUAUCUUAAUACAACUAUUUUGAAACAUGGUGUUCCUGUUUGUGGUAGAACAUAUUACAGUGUUUGUUUUUUUUUUUUCGAAAUAACCUGUUUUUAUUUUUUAGACAACUUGUACAUUCCAAUACGUGCAUUUAUUUUUUAAUUCCCAUUUAAAAUUAUUAAAUAAAUAUAAUUAAACAAACAUAUCAAUGUCGUUUAAACAAUAUGUUGAAAUAGCUAAAGUAUUAAAACCUGCAGUUGAAGGUAUUCGGUUAUUGGCGUAUCGAAACUGAUGUUUUUGAUUCUCAGGUCACGUCGCCAAAAUAUUCGAGACUUUAUUGUUGCGAACUCAUUCAUUGUUGUUUUUUAAAGUAAUGUAAAUACACUUGAAUUGAAUUUGAUGAGUUUGCCCUAACUCAGUACUACGUUUUAGCGGACGGCUCAACCAACAAGACAUAAGACUUCUCUUUAUGAGGGGUCUGAUUAAGUGCUGAGCUGAGGCCCUAAAAACUCAAGUCCGUUUUUAUUGUAAUUAUUUAUUUCCAGUAAACAAAAACAAAAGACGAGUAGAAUAUAACUCUAUAAAUAACGAGUUUACACCUUGAUACCUCCCUGUGUCAAAUCGUUGUUUUUUUAUAUUAUUCUCGUCUUAAUAAUUGUAGGCAAAACAGAACGCCAUGUUUCUUGUAUAAUUAAACAAUUUUAACGCGUCGUCAAUAUUCUUCUAUAUAUUUUUGUGUCUAGAGGUAAAUUAUAAUAAUCGUUUCUACAUAACAAUGUUGACUACCAGUCUAUUAGAUAUAAGUAAAUUAAGGGUGUUUUACUAUUUAAGACUUACAUUUCGAAUGAUUUCGAACUUGGGCAAACAAGAUCGCUAUAUCUAUUGUGAAAUUCUAACAUCUCCAUCGAUAUUCUUCAAUAUAUUUUGUAUAUUAAGUAUAUAAGUAUAAUAUCAGUUUCUUCUACUAUAUUAUACCAUCUACCUGAGCUGUUCUAUUUGAUACAUUUAAUCGCAUUUUAUGGGUGUUUAGUAUAUAAGUAGUGUUUAAGACACGAUUUUCGAAUAGUUGCUGAGAGGGUAACUCGGUGAUACCAGAUCGCCAUGUUUUCAUACUUUCAACGCGUUUUAGAUAAGUACGAGAAAUUCCUUAAAAUAUUUUUGUAGGUGUUUUAUGGAGAUAAGUAUAAUCAUAAUUGCUACGUCAGACCGACUAGCUGUAUCUUCGAUAUAUUUAAUGGCAUUAUUAUGGGUGUUUUAGUAUUUAAGUCUCGCAUUUCGAGUAAUUUCGGAUGCUAAGACACAUAGUGAGAUAUUUUGUGUAGCUUAGAUAAUAGCGGUCAUUUUCGGAAAUGUUGUACAGAGGUCCAGCUUACCCCGAAGCUCACAUAUAAUAAGUAUGAAUGGCUGUUAAAACAGAAUUUAUUCUGUGUGUCUAUGGUUUCGAUUAAGCGGGAUCGGAUUCAACGAUAUUUACAGUGAAAUCAUUGAACUCUGAAUGUAGUUCAUUGAUUUCUUCAUGUUAGUGCGUCGUCAACAUUUCCGCAAAAGUCAUGCAAGUUGAAUUAUGUUUUUACAAUUGGUGUUUUAUAUUUUUACGGGGUUUGCCUUUUGGCAAUUUAAAAACCGUAAAUUCCAUAGGUACCCAACUAAUAAUUUCAAAAUGCAUAAUAUUAUUUUCAUAUAAUUUGAAUAAAAUGUGUAAAUUAAGUAAGUACUAUUAUAUUUUUUAAGCAUUCUUUUAUUUAAAUACUUAUUCGUACUGUAAAAAAGGCAUUCCCAUUUUGAUAUGAUUUUUAACGUAAGUUUUUUUUGCAAUAUUACUUUUACAGCUUAUUUAAAAGUUAAGUACAUUAAAUUUGUGUUUUAUAUUAAUUUGGAUAUGUUAAGCUGUUUAAAAUUGAAUUAUAUGAGAGCGUUUUUAAUAGAAAACAGCGAAGUAGAUUUUUAAGGGGAUACCGAUCAAGUAGAACUUCGAAAUGUAAGAAAACUUUUAUCAAAAAAUAAUUACCGUUAAAAAAACAAGUGCUCCAUUUUGAAGUCUAUUAAAAACGCAUUCUGUAUAAAGGGGGACGAUUCAACUGCAGAUGAUUUUAUACACAGCGGUUUUGCAGGUUAUAUUUCGUUUUUAUUAAUCUAAUGAUAAGACCUUAGGUAUAAGCAGACUGCGUGUGUGCCCAGACGCACAAAGCACAAUUCUCUUGCGAGGUUAAAAGUCGCAGAAUGUACUGCGCGCACCACAUCGCAGUCUUUUGUAGGUAUAAUCUUGGUAUAGACUUGGUGUUGUUUCCCUCGCACACAUUAUUAACCCGGAUUCUAUUGUUCUUUUACUUUCGUGUCACGAGACAAACAGCCAGACUUCCUCUUCAUCCCCCCUUCCACUGUCCCCUCUUCCCCUAGAAGUGAAUUUGUAUACACACUCAAUACGGGUGCACCUAUCAGUCCAGAUGUUUGUCUAGCGAUGUUAAUUGAAACAAAAUUGUCCAGUAUUUUUUUAAUCAUACAUACACCAACAAUUUACCAUAGACAUUAUAAAACAUUUUGUUCACUGAGACAGUAUUGGCUCGGUAUUGUAUUAUUUGUACGUGUAACAUCGCCAACAAUUUCCUGUAAUAUUUGUCUUCGGUAUUUAGUACAUGGUUAAACGGAAACUGUUAGUGUUGAUACACAAUUUGUUAUUUUUAACUUAUGUUAUUAAUAUUAUAAAUAAUUUAUUCCAUGUGCACUGUUUAAGGUUUAAUAAAUGUGAUAGUUAGGUCUAA